AUGGUCACGCUUGCCAAUGAGCUGCAGUCUGCAAAGACAUCCCCAAUCUUUGUCACGGAGUUGGGGAUGGUCGCGCUGGUCAAUGAGCUGCAGCCUUUGAAGGAACGUUCCCCAAUGAUAGUCACGCAGUUGGGAAUGGUCACGCUUGCCAAUGAGCUGCAGUCUGCAAAAGCACAUCCCCGACUCUCAGUCACGGAGUUGGGGAUGGUAACGCUUGCCAAUAAGCUGCAGUCUGCAAAGGCAGGUCUUCCAAUCUCAGUCACGGAGUCGGGAAUGGUCACGCUUUCCAGCGAGCCACAGUCUGCAAAGGCACCUGCCCCAAUCUCAGUCACGGAGUUGGAAACAACUUCCUGA